UAUAACACUUGCAAGUUCCCAAGCCAAAAAUCUUGGAAGUCCCCACCCUCGCUCUCCUGAAACCCCUAUUUUCUAUUUUCCACUGUCAUCCUGGAUUCUUCUCCCAAACAAAAGAUGAGAUCCAAAAUCCAAAGCCCCAUCAAUCUUAAGCUCAUUCUCAUUGGUUUUUUCUUAGUUUUUCUACUCUUUUUGGUACUGAGAUCAACUUUUUCACCUUCUUCUCAGCAAACUCAAUCUCUUGAUCACUCAUCAGCUGUUUCAAACUCAUCAUCAGAAGAUCAAGAAACUGAUCAAGAUCAGCCAAAAUCUCCUUCAAUAGCUUGUCCAACACAUACUUGUAACAAGAUAUCUCCAUCACUAGCAAAUGCUUUAGUCCACUAUGCAACUUCAAAUGUUACCCCACAACAAACAUCCAAAGAAAUCUCAGUUUCCUUAAGAGUUCUUGAGAAGAAAUCCCCUUGUAAUUUCUUGGUCUUUGGUUUAGGCCAUGACAGCUUAAUGUGGACAGCUCUAAACCAUGGUGGAAGAACGGUUUUUCUUGAAGAAGACAAGUCAUGGAUAGAGCAAAUACAAAGCCAAUUACCAGGUUUGGAAUCAUACCAUGUUAUAUAUGACACAAGAAUAACUCAAGCUGAUGAACUCCUGGAAAUUGGAAUGAGCAAUGAAGAUUGCAAGAAAGUGACAGAUCCAAGAUUUUCCAAAUGCCAACUUGCUCUAAAGGGGUUGCCUCAAGAAGUGUUGGAAACUGAUUGGGAUUUGAUAAUGGUGGAUGCACCAACUGGUUGGCAUGAUGGAGCACCAGGAAGGAUGACUGCAAUCUACACUGCUGGAUUGAUUGCUAGGAACAAAGAAAAUGGAGAAACUGAUGUAUUUGUUCAUGAUGUUAAUAGAGUUGUGGAAGAUCAAUUUUCAAAGGCUUUUCUUUGUGAAGGGUAUUUGGUAGAACAAGAAGGGAGGAUUAGACACUUCAACGUUCCUAGCCAUAGGGCGCGUUUGGGUAGACCUUUUUGUCCUUAAAGAGGUUUUUUCCAAGAUUUUUCCAACUUUAUUUCUCUAAAAAUAAUUUUUAUUUCCUUGUUGCUUGCCACAUUUAUUUUCAUUCUCUUGUUUGAUCUACUUACUUAUGUACAUUGAGGAAUAUGUUAAUUGGUACUAUUAUCUUCUUUGAUAUAAAAAUAAUAUUGGGAUUGAUUUCA